AUGGCAUUAGAGCGCCCUUCAUCAGCAAUCAUCGACCAUCUCAAACAGCUUUAUUCUGCCUAUCGCCAUACCAGUGACAUAAGCUCGAAAGGCGACUUCUUUUCUUCUACCUGCCUCCAAAUAUGCCGGCCACAGCCAUCAUUUGCAGCUCGUGAUAGAGAGACCAUUGUGCGAUAUCUCCGCGAGGCAUCAGGCCAAGAUGCUGACACCCCAUCAUCGACAACUGAAGCAAUAAAUGAGCCGUCAAAAAAGAGCUAUUACACGAUCCGGCCCAUACAAGAGGAGGAGUUCGAGUUUGGCACUGAUGAUCAGGUUAAGCCAGCUGGAUUUGCGACAGCAGACGAUAUCAAGCAAAAAGCAAGAAUCGAGGGAUGGGUAGGCAUGAGAGUCGACUUGUGGGAUGAAGAGGGGAAAGAUGGAAGCGAGGGGCGCCUGAUCAAAGUUCAGUACUGGUGGAGGAAAGAGGAACAAGGAUGGAUACAGAUUUGCCAUGAUAUUAUGUACAUAGGGCCAAGAGAUGGGACCGAAGGCAGCCAAGGCGAGCGGCUUGAGUGA